AUGCCGGCGAUAGGAUACAGCUUGCCUGCCGUACAUGGCACCAGCUUGACAGCACCGCCGCUACCCGGUGCGUCUCUGUUGCCACCCGACGUAUUUCAUCAUCUGGGCCAAUAUUCGCCUUGGUUUCCGGCCGACGCAGAUUUACCUCGGUACGAAGUUCCCCAAGGCUGCUCGGUUGUUUUCGUCAGCCAGCUGGAAAGGCACGGCUCCCGCUAUCCCACUGGAGGCGCCUUCAAAGACCUCAGCAGGACGCUGCGCCAAGUCGCAAAGCAUCUUCAGCGUGUUCCCGACGCAGGUCCAAACCAUCGCCACGGCCAAGGCCUCGACUCGGACCUCAAGUGGUUGCGCCACUGGGUCGAUCCAAAGAAGAAGUCGGAUGGUGGGCUUCGCAAUCGCAUCGGCGACUCGGAGCUCGUACCGUUCGGACAGUACGAGGCCUACUCUUCGGGUCGGCGCUUCUACGAACGGUAUGCUGACCUCUUCGAAUCUGAGCAUGUCGAUAUCAAUCUCGAUUAUGCUCAACACUCGAAUGGCAAGCAAGAAGACAUACGCUUCAAAUCCUUGCUGCAGGCAGCAUGUCCGACGCAGCUGAAUCCUUCUCCUCCGGCCAGCUACUCGUCGACGCUACAAUUGCAUCAUCACGUCCGUCAAAAGAUCUGCCACUACCUAGGAUUCGCCCCUUCCGCUGCUGAGUCGAGGCGCGAAAAGCGCCCAUUCGUAAGGGCAUCGGGCGGAGACCGCGUGGUCGCCACAUCCCGCUUCUGGCUACAGGGCUUCAAGCAUUCGCCUCACAAACCGUUUCAGCAUGCCCCGCCCGAGUCCGCUCCCUGGCCACCGAAGGGUCGUCCUGCCGUGAUUGGAGAGCUCAAGAGCGGCAAGCCACAUCGCAGAAUCCACAAUCUCCCUGAGCCCGAUGUCAUCAUCCCCGAGGUGCGCAAGAUUGAUGACCCUGCCCAACCUGGUAGCAAUAACACGCUCGACGUGCACACCUGCUCUGCUUUCGAACACCAACAUCGCGACAACGCGCAGAGCCCUGCCUCGCUCAAGAAGGACGCCUUCGCCAAGACAGCCACGGCAGAAAUCCGCAGGCGUCUCGCUCGCCAGCUUGGCAAAGAUCAUCGAGGAGACAGGCUGCAUUUGAAACCGCAACAGGUGCUGCAGCUCUUCAGUCUUUGUGCCUUUGACACUGUAGCACGCCUUGACCCCUACGGGCUUCUAUACGACCAGCCGGAACGCAAUGAGGGCGCUGUAGGCCCUUUCUGCAGCCUGUUCAAGCCCGACGAAUUCGUCAGCAUCUAUGAAGUCACCACCAAUAUGGAGAAGGAUUAUGGAUUUGCCACUCAUCAGCCUUUCCAUAGAGCCCUGGCGACCCCUUGGCUUCGCGAGCUCGUUGCUAGACUCGAGCGACGCGCACCCGUCAUGUCGCCCCCAACCUCUAUCAACACAACCCUUGAUGAGGAUCCGAAGACCUUCCCUCUGCCCUCAGAAACCGGCCCACGAGCAUUCGUCGACUUCACACACGACAAUCAGCUUGCCCCCGUCAUCGCUUCGCUCGGGCUGUGGGGAGAGGAGCAAAGUUGGAAGACUUCUUUGACCACGCCCUUCUCCGGCAGGAUGACCGUCGAGCAGCUCGUCUGCAACGCCACCGACUACGUGCGAGUCCUGGUCAACGAUGCACCUGCGAACGUCUCGCAAGGAAAAUGGUGUCCAGGUGCCGGUUACGCCCCGGUGGCCGAGGGCGAUCAAUUGUGUCCCCUUCCAUCCUUCCUAGAGUCGCUCCAAUGGGUGGAUCGCGCAGACGAGUGGAACAAGUGCGACUCAGAGGACCUCCAACAUCCGAUUCAAGAGAAAUCUCCGCUGUAA